AUGCCAUGCCAAGCUGUGCCACGCGGUGCCGGGCUAUGCCGUGCCGUUACCGUGCCAUGCCUGCCCGUGACAGGCUAUGCCAUGCCAAGCCGUGUCAUGCCAUGCGGUGCCGGGCCACGCCAUGCCGUACCACACCGUGCCGUGCCAUGCCAGGCCGAGCCGUACCGUGCCAUGCCGAGCGGCGCGGCGCGGCAGCCGGCGGGCACAUGUCCGGGAGGGCGGAGCCGGCGGCCUGACAUCACCGCUGCCGGCGCUCCGCUCCCGGACGGCUCCGCUCGCCCUCCCGCCGCCGCGCAGAGGAUGUCCGGAGGAGACAUGGCCAAACCCCUCCUGGGCCAUCAGAGCAUGGAAGGUGACCCCAGCAUCACGCCUGCGGCCGGCCGCACCAUCGGGGUGCUGGGGAGUGGGGACUUCGCGCGGUCGUUGGCCAUCCGGCUGGUGUGCUCCGGCUUCAAGGUGGUGGUCGGCAGCCGCAACCCGAAGCGCAAAGCCGGCCUCUUCCCUUCUGCAGCAGAAGUCACCUUCCAGGCUGAGGCGGUGAAGAAGACAGAUGUCAUUUUCGUGGCGGUUUUCAGGGAACAUUACUCCACCCUCUGUGACCUGGCUGACGUGCUGGCAGGCAAGAUCCUGGUGGACGUUAGUAACAACACCGAGAUCAACCACCACAAGGAAUCCAAUGCCGAGUACUUGGCUUCCCUGUUCCCAGCCUGCACCGUGGUCAAGGGGUUUAACGUGGUUUCUGCAUGGACGCUGCAGUCAGGUGCCAGGGAUGGAAAUAAGCAGGUUCUGAUUUGCUCAAAUAACCAAGAAGCCAAGCGCACUGUAGCAGAGAUCGCUCAAGUCAUGGGAUUCACCCCUGUGGACAUGGGCUGCAUGUCGUCGGCCUGUGAGAUCGAGAACAUUCCCCUACGCCUCUUGCCAGCCUGGAAAAUCCCCAUCUUUUUGGCUCUGGGGCUCUUUCUGUGCUUCUUCACUUACAACCUGGUCCGGCAGGUCAUCCACCCUUACAUCAGGGAGCAGAAGAACAAGUUCUACAAGAUCCCCGUCGAGGUGGUCAACACAACGCUGCCUUGCGUGGCCUACGUCAUGCUGUCCCUCGUCUACCUCCCCGGGGUGCUGGCAGCCUGCUCGCAGCUCUACUACGGCACCAAAUACAGGCGCUUUCCAGACUGGCUCGACCAGUGGCUCCAGCACCGAAAGCAGAUUGGUCUCCUCAGCUUCUUCUGCGCGGCUUUGCAUGCCGUCUACAGCCUCUGCCUGCCCAUGCGCCGCUCCCACCGCUACCAGCUCAUCGAGACGGCCGUCAAGCAGGCUGUGGAGAAGAAGAUGAAUAUCUGGGUAGAGGAGGAAGUCUGGAGGAUGGAGAUUUAUAUCUCUGUUGGAAUAAUUGCCCUGGGCUUGCUGUCGUUACUUGCCAUCACUUCACUUCCAUCCAUCGCAAACUCUCUCAACUGGAGGGAAUUCAGUUUCAUUCAGUCCACCCUUGGAUUUAUCGCCUUGGUAAUCAGCACUCUGCACACACUCACGUACGGAUGGUCGAGGGCCUUCGACGAGAACCAGUACAAAUUCUACCUGCCUCCGACCUACACCCUCACGCUGCUCGUCCCGUGUACUGUGAUCCUAGCAAAAGUCGUCUUCAGUUUGCCCUGCAUCCAGCAAAGACUUCUGCGAAUCAGGAGGGGCUGGGAGAAGGGAAGAUAUGUGAAGUUUGUUCUGCCCAGCGCAACGGGGGAAUAUUCAAGCGGGGAGACCUCUAGCAAUGUCUAAGGGAGCCCUGGCUGUGACAGAGGAUUUCAGAGCACUAGCAACAUUUCUAUAAAGGUGUUUCUUUUUCUUAAAUAUAUGUAUGUUUUGGUAUAAUUGUACUGUGGGUAAAUAAUAAAAUUUGGUGACUUUAGAAAAUGGAUGACCAUGAAACUAGUUUAGACAGUAGUUAAAUUAUAUUGCAGAUUUGCUAGGACAGUUCUUGCCUUAAAAAUGGCCGUGAAAGCCGAGCUAGCAGCACUAAUAUACCCAGGAAACCGAUGGACUCUGUUAGUCAGAUCAGUCACUUGAGGUGCUGGCUGGCAGCUCCCCAGACCAGCGCUUCUCGGUUGCUUCACUAGCUGCUCUCAUAAAUUUCAAUGCCUUUUUUUUUUUUUUUUUUUUAAAAUAUAAAGUAGCACAGAUUUUCUAUGUUUUAUGACAGCAAAGAUAUCCUGCCUCUUGAGCGUCUGGAUCAAUCAAGGCAGUGAGGUUUAGGAAGAUGAAUUGUCUCUGGUUUUGGUCUCCUCAAUGAACUCUAUGAACAAGUAAGAAGAGCAAUAUCCAUGUUAUGUAGCAUCUACAGAUUUUACUAAAAGCAUCUAAACCUGACAGCAAGUCCAACUAUCCCUGUUCUCUCAAAUACAGACAACGCUGCUGGUCCUGUAAGCUGUGCUUGGUGCACAUUUAUAAGCUACAGAAAUAAAGUGCUUUUUCCAGCAGUAUAAAAGCAUUUGAAGAGAGAGACAUCCCUAACAUCACACAUCUGGCCUGCACUGCUGGCUCUGACAGCUGCUGCUGCUGCAUGUUCUCUCUUUGACUACACCAAAAGUUUCAAGCGGUAUUUGAUGGAAAUAGAGCGAAGAUAAUUAUCGGAAAGACCUGCUGCUUCACGGAAUUACAUGAAGAAAACCAAGGCCUUCCAGCUGGCCUUACAUCAAACAAUAGGGUGAAGCUUUUGGAAAUCAUUGUCACUUGAACAUGCCCAUUUACCCAGAUAAAACAGCAGCUCUAAACCCAUUGGUUUCACCAGCAAUGAUAAGAUCUUUGAAUGGUCUUGCAAAGGGAUCAGCAAGUCUUGACCACAGCAUGAAGAUACAGCAAUUGUACAUUUAGGCCACAGCCUUUCGUUGCCUUGCACCUUAAUAAGUAACUUGCUAGAUUGCAAAGCAGGUAUCAAAUGUUCUUCUGCCUUCACACCCACUUUGGACAAGGUGCAGGGCAAUGAAGAUUUCUGUCCUAAUUUCAUUUUCCACCUGUCAUUUCCUAUCCCUUCAAGCUCUUGCUGUUUAUCAGAAUAAUUCUUUAGGUUUUGGACAUACAAAUCACCAGGCAGAGAACGGACAGUCAUUCACAAAGGCUCAUUUAAAAGCAAGCAAUUGGGGUGGCACAAGACGACUAACUCAGCAAGGUCAGAUACAAGGACAUGGCUGGAAUAGCCUUAUUUUCCUACAGCUAAGUAAAAGACACCACUCAGUGUUGAGUAUUGCUUUGAAAAAUAACAGCUGUCAGUGUCAAAUGAGGUAUGGUUUGCGGGACAAGAAAGUACUUGUUACUAGACCACAGUUAAUAUAAGGGGGGGGGGGAAAUGAUCAACUUUGGGACACAUAAGCCCUUCUACAAGCCAACAUUGCUUCUGUAACCUGGAUGAUUUCUACACAGAUGGAUCUUAAGAAUUCCCUGUUUAGCCUCAAAUAACUACACUGAGUAAUGUUCUCCAAAUACUGCUCAAGCUGCCAGUGACGAUAUUGAGAGAUUUCAGUUCUUUCCUAAGGCUUACAGUAAAGUCUCCAAUCGCCACUUCCUUUAACUGAAUAUAAAGAGAUCAGCAUGAGGGAAAUGCCCAGAUUUCAUCAUCAGCUGAUUUUUUUAUUAUUUUUUUUGGCAACAUGAAGAAUGUACCAUUCUUUCCUACUGUCCCCUUCAGAAAACUGCGGUUAUUCAGGUUUCCCCAUCCAUCUCCACAACCUCGCCCAGACCAGCACCCGAUCAAAUCACUCACCAAGCACAUUGAUUACCUGGCACUAUUUAUUUGUGUUUGCAUUGUGUGGGUUAAGUUUCCACAUGGAUUUGAGACAGUUUCACCUGAGUGUAAUUCCACCCACUCCAGCUUAACUCAUCCUCGAGUUACUGGAUUCAGCAAGUUUGUUCUUUCAGUGUUCUCCAUUUCAUCAUCAAGCAAAGUCAACAUAAAAGCACCGAUUUACACAUUUUCUGAAUACAAUAGUGUAUUCCAAUGCCUCUUUUUCCCACCUAAACUUCUUUUCAGAUCUUUAGGUCAGGCAAGACUUACUGCGCCGUGGCAAAAAAAAAAAAAAAAAAAAAAAAAGGAUUAGGAGGCAGGGUAAGAGCAUUACACAAACUUCGUCUUUAAGGGGAAAGGUGUGGUUUUAUUGUGAGUCGCUGCAAGGUUAAAGACUCGCCUUUCUGCCCAGCAGAAGUAAGGUUUGCACCUUUGCUUUGUUUACCUGACUUUCACGCCCCCGUACCCUUUCCCACUGACGGCAAAGGGACGGUUUUCAUGAGCAGAGGCAGAGUUAGGCACCCGGACCUACCUGAGGAGCUGGCUCCGUGAGGGAGUCAGCACGGUGCUUUUCAGAUGGACACAAGCCCAGAUGGACAGACAAGCCAGUUCAAAAUCCCCACAGCUACCGCAGCUCCACAGCGUCUAAAUAAAGGCUGAUCAAGUGUCUCCCGGUAACGCCUGUGCCAACAUACUGUCCAGCCAGUCACCGUCCCUUUUAAAGCCUGAAACCCAUUCCUGUAAAUGCAGAACAGCAUUUCAAAUGGUGCCCUCUGUAGGCGUCUGGUCCUUAAAGCCUUCGACACAACAGCUUGAGUAAUUUCUUCUCAUUCUGCAAUGCUGAAAAGUAGUUUGAGGAAUUUUUCAAUUAUCUUUCCCUACACAUUUUUUGAUGUGGAUAGCGGGUUUAGUGACGUUAGCUUAAAAUUUACCAAUUAACUGGUUUUGUACUUGGAGUUUGUCUUUCUGUAUAUAUGUACACACACACACAUAUAUAUAUUAUUGCAGAAUAUACAGCUGGAAUGUAAAUUCUUUAUAUUUUUAUUUUCUGUAAUGCCUACUAUGUGCCUCUGGGAUAUGUAAGAACCAACUGAAAAGCUGUAAGAGUAAGGCCAGUUUUAAUCACUGGCAUCAUUAGCUACAUAAAAAAUAUUCUGAACAGAUCUAUAUAAUUAUAUCAGAACUCGUUUGGGUCUUUUUUCCCUCCUCCCCCUAAACAAUACCAUUACUUUAAUGGCAGUAGUAGAGGGCAGUGUGAUCAUCCGGAAUUUAACCACUAGGAAAUAAAACCUACUACAGCCAGCAGCUGG